CGGUCUGGGCCUCAUGCCACCCGCCUGGUGUCGUCCGCCUGUGAAAGAUGUCACCCGGAGACAGGCGGACGGGAAGUUUCCCCCUUGUUCUCAUCAUUUCCAGAAGGGGACAAGGGGUGGCCUCCCCCCACAGGGGCAGCCUGUGGCCGUGUGGCAGCCUGGCCUCACCCCGGCGGGGUUGUGCGUGACCCCCGAGUGGGGGAAGGAAGGCUGUUGCCAUGGUGGCCUGUGUGAGGCAAAUUCCUCCAGGGUGAAGUGGGAGAUAUUUAUACCCAGGGUCAGGCAGCCAGCGGGCCAGCGGCUGAGGGCAGGAGAGCCGGGAUAUCGCUCGGACGCAGCCAGGCCGUGGACAAUGGCAUCUCUCCACCACAUCCUGGUUCUCUGUGUGGGUUUCCUCACCAUGGCCAGUGCAGAGGCUCCGCAGGAACACGACCCAUUCACCUAUGACUACAAAACCCUGCGGAUCGGAGGCCUCAUCAUCGCCGGGAUCCUCUUCAUCCUCGGUAUCCUCAUCGUCCUGAGCCGAAGAUGCCGGUGCAAAUUCAACCAGCAGCAGAGGACUGGGGAGCCUGAUGAAGAGGAGGGAACUUUCCGCAGCUCCAUCCGCCGUCUGUCCACCCGCAGGCGGUAGAGACACCUGGUGCGACGGAAGCCAGCCAGGAUUCCCCGGGCACCUGACGCCUCCCGCCCACCACCUGAGCACCCGCCGGCACCUGGACUGCCCUCUUCGCCAGCCCUGCCCCCACAGACUCCUCUCUGCCGCCCAGACUUCAAUAAAACAUGCUUUUCUCUCUUGACA